CUACCGAAAAAAAAAUCCCCUCACUAGUGUUUGGAGGAUUAGGAAAAAGGAAAAUCCUCUCAUUCGUGUCCUCCACAACUAUCCAUUUCUCUCUCAUCUAGGGUUUUCUUUUUCCUUCCCCUUUUUUCACAAAUCUCCCCUUACUUCGUAAAUCAAUCCACAAUGAUGCAACCACCACCCGCCGGAGUUAUCCCGCCGCCGAUGCCACCACAAGCCGAUCCUAACCAACAACCACCACCGGCUCAAUAUGGCCAGCCACCUCCACAACAGCCAUGGAUGAUGGCUCCACCGCCUCAACAAUAUCCACCUCAGAUGUGGCCCCCGCAACCCCAACAACAACCGGGUAUUCCUCCUCAAGUUUCGCCUCAGCCGUAUCCCAUGGCGGUGGCUCCGACUUCGGUUCCUGUAUCAAAUCCUGAUGAGAUUAGAUCGCUUUGGAUCGGGGAUUUGCAGUAUUGGAUGGAUGAGAAUUAUAUUAUUAAUUGUUUUGCUGCUUCUGGGGAGGUUUUAAGUGCCAAGGUUAUCCGAAAUAAGCAAACCAACCUUUCUGAAGGUUAUGGGUUUAUAGAAUUUGCUAACCGAGCUGCAGCUGAAAGGACUCUUGCUACGUACAAUGGUACUCUGAUGCCACAAACUGAGCAGGCCUUCAGACUGAAUUGGGCUACACUUGGUGCUGGUCAGAGACGACAAGAUGACACCCCCGACUUCACAGUUUUUGUUGGAGAUCUAGCAGCAGAUGUUACUGAUGUUAUGCUUCAAGAAGCAUUCCGUACUCACUAUCCUUCUGUUAAGAGUGCAAAGGUUAUCACUGAUCAUAUUACAGGACGCUCCAAAGGGUAUGGGUUUGUGAAGUUCGCGGAUGAGAGUGAACAACAACGUGCAAUGACAGAAAUGAAUGGAGCUGUCUUGUCAACCAGGCCAAUGAGGAUUGGCCCAGCUGCCAAUAAAAAAUCUGCUGAUGUUCAGCAGAAAGUUUCUUAUCAGAAUGCACAGGGAAAUCCAGGCGAAAAUGAUCCAAAUAACACAACUAUAUUUGUUGGUGGUUUGGAUCCCAAUGUUUCAGACGAUCAGUUAAGACUACUUUUUAGUUCAUAUGGUGAGUUGGUUCAUGUGAAAAUACCAGUUGGCAAGGGUUGUGGUUUUGUGCAGUUCGCAAACAGAGCUGCUGCUGAGCAAGCACUGUCAGCAUUGAAUGGGGCCCAGAUAGGUUCGCAAAAUGUAAGACUUUCUUGGGGUCGUAGUCCAUCAUCUAAACAGACACAGCCUAGUCAAGCUCAGUGGAAUGGAGGCUAUUACGGAUAUCCCCAGGGAUAUGAUGCCUAUGGGUAUGCAGCCGCCCCUCAGGACCCUAACAUGUAUUAUGCAAAUUAUGCUGCUGGAUACGGAAAUUAUCAGCAAACACAGCAGUAAUUUCUUGAUGCGAGCUGUGCGGUUGAGUGAGAUGGUGGAUGGACGUGCUAUUUGAGAGUUGGUAUAUGAAUUUUCCUAUGGUCAUAUAUGUAUUUUAGCCUUUCUUCCCCUUCCUCCUCCGCCCUCUCAGAAUUUCUUCUGUUUUUUUCUCUUCUCGGUUCCUUUGUAACAAAAACUUGUCGUAUGUUGGUGGGAUAUAAACAUCACUUUAGUGUUUUUCUGGAUGUAUGGCUGUUAGUUGUCAUCCCCAAAUCUUGUAGACUUUGAUAACUGCUGUCUGGUGACCUAUGUUCCUGGAUUGUUAUUGUGUGCAAAAUAAUGUCUUUUAAGUUAGAUGUUUAGUAUAUGAUCUACCCAUUAUUUUGGGGUGGUUGUGUGGA